UGAAUUUAUGGGAAAUCGUUAGCAAACUAUAUAUCCAGCCCAUAAUUUAGCAAAAAUGAUCCCAACUAAAGCAAUUAUCACUAUCUCUAACACUUUCUUUAAACACUUUAAACACUUCAUCCACACCAACCCUACCAGAAGUUUCAUAUCCAUCCCUUAUGAAAAAUUCAUUCAAAAAUUAUAUCCCUCUCUUUUCCCCAUCCCUUAUCCCAUUCAAUCCUUACAUCUCUCUAAACCCCCAUCUCCCAUCCCAUAAACCCCCACAACCCCCUAUCUCCCCUUUCCCUCCGCCAGCCUCUCUCCCCAAAACCCAUCCACUUAAUUCCAAAACCCCUGCCUCUUUCUCCAAAAAC